AUGGAGGCGUGGGAGUUCGUGGUGUACGUGCUCUCCGACUGGCUCCUGGUGUCCCUGCUGUGCGAGUACGCACGUAGGCCCAGGUGGCAGUCCUCACGGUGGGUGCAGAGAGCCUUCUGCGCGUUGCUGUGGGUGAAACGAGCCGGCCGGCCGCACAAGGGCAUGCGGUUCAACCAGGCGUGCAUCCUCGACCUCCGCCAGCACACGCCGUGGGUGAUCGCCUCCAAGCUGCUGCAGCACCGGUUCCUCGGGAUGCCGUCGGUGCCCGUGCCGAAGGAGGUGAAGCACGCGGUGUUCGCCUCCCUAAGGGCAAAGGGCGGCGGUGGCGAGCCCCUUAGCAAUGGGGUGGCCGUGCUGCACCGCCGUGGCUACCAGCAGCUCCUGUGGGCUUGCGACAGCAGGAGUGUCACCGAGGUCAUCCUCGUCUGGCACAUCGCCACCUGCCUCUUCGAGAUGAAGAACUCAGCUCAGGCGGCGGCUGGGGCUGGGAGGAGCACGGAGGAGACGGUUGCCGCGACACUGUCCAAAUACUGCGCCUACCUGGUGGCCUGUGCGCCGGAGCUCCUCCCGGAGGACCUGGAGGGGUCGAAGCACGUCUACAAGGCCGCGACCCGCGACCUCCAUGGCGCCCUACGCAGGAAGGGGUGCAGGAGCGCAUCGGGGGGCAGGCUGGAGCGGGUGAUGGGCAUCGACGGCCCAGACCCCGACGCGGCGGCGACCAUGGGCGCUGAGCUGGGGAGGCAGCUGCUGGAGGAGUGUGGCUUCGGAGGUGCCAAUGUGGCGCGCGGGUGGCAGCUGCUAGCGCAGCUGUGGACCGAGCUGGUCGUGUACAUCGCGCCCUCCCGGAACAUAGAGGGCCACGCGGAGGCGUUGGCGCAGGGUGGCGAGUUCAUCACGCUGCUAUGGGCUCUGGCCACCCACACCGGCAUCAACCGCUAG